AUGUCUUGGCUCAAUCUCACGACAAGGCAUUGUCUUUACUGGCCAUCUCUUUGCGUCGACACAUGCUCCCCGGGCCAACUGAGGACCUCUGUCUCUGGUCUUGGCUGCAUCCCGAAUGCAUCUGUCGUCGACCUCGUUUUCACAACUUGGCCGAAGCGUCAGGGAGACCUUGUGAAUCGUACUUAUUCCUGUAUCCUCCAACAUAGUAUUCGUGACUUCCAGCUUCGGACCACUGAUUUGGUACAUUCUCAAAUGUUUCGCUGGCAUCGACAGUGA